AUUUGGAUUUGCACAUACAUAAUUCAAAUAGUGGUUUUUUCUGCACGCUAUCUCUGCUAAACGGCAGCCGAUCAGGGCGUGGCAUGUCUUGUUGUGUUUGGGAGAGUCCUAGCAUAUUUUUGGUCCUGAAUGCUAUUGGUCCUGCCACUUACCAUAGUGGAACAAGCGAACUUUCUGGAUUCGAUCCCAGGAUCUUCGACUCUGGCAUUCGGCUAACGCCUCGUCAUCAUGAGCCAGCCAUGACGGUCAUUCAUACGCCGUCUAAUCAAAUUCUGGGCUUCAGCUUCAAGACGCACGGAGUCCUGUCUAAGCAUUACCGAGACGCAUUCGAGGCAGACCGAGGCCUAUUCCAGCCAGACAGAAUCGUAACCCAGCAGAACAGAACCGCACCCUUUCCAAGAUCCGAACCUAACAAGUCAUCGUCAUCCUUCGACCUGGCCAUCGACAACUAUCUCAAGGACUUUGGCUAUGGCAACCAAGACAGAAACUACGUGGACUUCUAGACUCUAGAUAUGUAUAUCACGUAGUUGUUAGGUUUAAGGAUAUGCAUUUAGAAACUAGAUUAAAAUGUUUAUUUAUUU